CUCGUCCCUUGGCAACAAGUGCCGACGAACUAACUUGGCGUGAAAAAUCGAGGAUCUCGGCGUGGAGCCCAUUUGUUAUUGUUGCGAAAGCUCCAAAACACCAAUUUGUCUCAUCUUGUCUACUUAGUGUACUUUCCUAGUCAUAUCUGCGCAUGAAUCAGUUCGUCUCCUCUGCAGGAGCGUAAACGAAAAAAGAAGUUCUUCUUGAAAUCCUCGUCAGAUCUCCAGUCUUCAUCAAAGAUGCCCAGAAAAGAUCCAUGGAGUUACAAAAAAAGAAGGAGGACAAAAAAAGUGAAACAUUCCUUACAAGAGAAGGAACGUUCAAUGACUCAACAUUGCCGAACUUCUGAUACACUUGGUGAAUUGUCAACAUCCACAGAGCUUGUCUCUCAGAAGGCAUUGGAUCUUCCACUGAAAAAGGAAGAAAUAAUUUAUCCAGACACAAGAUUUCCACGAUCGACUACGCUUUUUCCAGCCGAGGGAACGCUUAUCGAUGACGAAAAGGAAGAUUUAACGUCAGGCACUUCUAGUGUAAUUUUUAAGCGUUGCGCUGAAAAAGAAUUAGUAUCCGCAAAGUCUAAAAAACUUAAAGAAAAUGAUCCACCUAAGUCAAUAGAGCCAACAAUUCCUGAUGAUGUUAUUGUAAUAGAAAAACCCCAAACACAAGUUAAAGUUGAUUUAAUCGACUUGACUGAAGAAUCUCAUCCAGUCGUAAAACUAUUUUGCUCUCCUACUAAGACUAGUCAUCUUGGGAAUAGAUUACCUGGCAAACCAAAAACAACAUUUGAAGAUAAUGAUUUUCUUGUUAAAGAUAAAAGUAAUGAAUCCAAUACCAUUACCGAUAUUGUUAGUGCGGCAGGCAUAAAUUGCCAUACUAUUCAGGUAAAAGCCGAACAGAAGAAAACCUGUAAAAAUAACUGUCAUAUCAGUGCCAAUAUGUCUUAUAUCUGCAAUAGUAAAAAAAUCAAUCCUCCCACGGAAAACUCCCUUCCUUCCGAAGUGGAAGAUGAAGAUAGAAUAAUAAUGAAGGAAAACAGUGAUAAAGUUAAUUUAAAUCAGUCUCAUGGUGCCCGUCCCUUGGAUAACUAUGUUCAAAUAAAAGCCAAGCAGAGUCAGUUGAAUGAAAAUAAUACUGGAAGCAAUUUUGGGAAAUCUCAUGUUGUUGCCAGCCCAAACAUCGCAACUGAAAAUUCUCGUUUGAGCUCUGAACUGGAUAAGGAAACUGAUGAUAGCGGAGAAUCCGAGGGCCAAGUUUGUACUUUCAGCAAAGUUUCAGAUUGUAAUGCAAAAGACGUCACAAACGCCUCAGAUGUUGUUAAUCACUCGUUGAAUGCUGCUAUUAUAAAAGUGGAGCAAAAUGACAUCAUCAACUCUAUACCAGUUAACAAUUUUUCUUCUCAUGGUGAACCGAUAAGCAUGAAUACUGAUGUUCAUCCAAUACAAAGUUUGCAAAAUAACACUAAUGCAAACUGUGAAUUCAGUGAUAUAGCAGCUGAGGAUAGAAUACUGAAUGAAAACAGUGAUAAAGAUAAUUUAAAUCAGUCUCAUGUUGACCGUCGCUUGGGUAAUCAUGUUCAAGUAAAAGCCGAGCGAAGUGAGUGGAGUGAAAAUAAUGCUGAAAUCAAUUUUGGGAAAUCUCAUAUUGUUGUCAGUCGACACCCAAACAUCACAACAGAUAAUUCUAGUUUGAGCUCUGAACUGGAUAAAGAAACUGAUGACAGCGGAGAAGUCGAUGGCCAAGUUUGUAUUUCCGGCAAUGUUUCAGAUUGUAAUGCAAAAGAUGUGACAAACGCCUCAGAUGUUGUUAAUCACUCGUUGAAUGCUGUUUCUAUAAAAGUGGAGCAAAAUGACAUCAUCAGUGAUAACUCUAUACCAGUUUCCAAUUUUUCUUCUCAUGGUGAACCGAUAAGCAUGAAUACUGAUGCUCAUCCAAUUCAUAGUUUGGAAAAUAAUACUAAUGCAAACUGUGAAUUUAGUGAUAAAGCAGCUGAAGACAGAAUACUGAAUGAAAAAAGUGAUAAAGAUAAUUUAAAUCAGUCUCAUGCUGUCCGUCCUUUGGAUAACCAUGUUCAAAUAAAAGCCGAGUUAAGUGAAAAUAAUACUGAAAUCAAUUUUGGGAAAUCUUAUAUUGUUACCAGUCCACAACCAAACAUCAUCACUGAUAAUUCUCGUUUGAGCUCUGAAAUGGAUAAAGAAACUGAUUAUAGCAGAGGGGUCGAUGGCCUUGUUUGUACUUUCAGCAAUGUUUCAGAUUGUAAUGCAAAAGACUUCACAAACGCCUCAGAUGUUGUUAAUCACUCGUUGAAUGCUUUUACUAUAAAAGUAGAGCAAAAUGACAUAAUGAGUGAUAACCCUAUACCAGUUUCCAAUAUUUCUUCUCGUGAUGAGCCAAAAAGUAUAAAUAUUGAUGAUCAUCUAAUACAAAAUUUGCAAAAUAACACUAAUGCAAACUGUGAAUUCAGUGAUAUAGCAGCUGAAGAUAGAAUACUAAAUGAAAACAGUGAUAAAGUUAAUUUAAAUCAUUUUGAUGUUGUCCGUCACGUAGGUAAUCAUAUUCAAAUAAAAGUCGAGCGAAGUGAGUUGGGUGAAAAUAAUACUGAAAUCAAUUUUGAGAAAUCUCAUAUUGUUGCCAGUCGACACUCAAACAUCACUAUUGAUAAUUCUCGUUCGAGCUCUGAACUGGAUAAAGAAACUGAUGAUAGCGGAGAAGCCGAAGGCCAAGUUUGUACUUCCAGCAAUGUUUCAGAUUGUAAUGCAAAAUACGUCACAAACGCCUCAGAUGUUGUUAAUCACUCGUUGAAUGCUGCUACUAUAAAAGUGGAGCAAAAUGACAUCAUCAACUCUAUACCAGUUAACAAUUUUUCUUCUCAUGGUGAACCGAUAAGCAUGAAUACUGAUGAUCAUCCAAUAAAAAGUUUGCAAAGUAAUACUAAUGAUAAAUAUGAAUGCAGUGAUAUAGCAGCUAAAGAUAGAAUACUGAAUGAAAACAGUGAUAAAGUUAAUUUAAAUCAGUCUCAUGUUGUCCGUCCCUUGGAUAACCAUGUUCAAAUUAAAGCCGAGCAGAGUGAGUUGAAUGAAGAUAAUUCUGAAAUAAAUUUUGAAAAAUCUCAUAUUGUUGCCAAUCGAUAUCCAGAAAUCACAACUGACGGUUCUCAUUUGAGCUCUGAACUGGAUAAAGAAACUGAUGAUAGCGGAGGGGUCGAUGGCCUUGUUUGUACUUCCAGCAAUGUUUCAGAUUGCAAUGCAAAAGACGUGACAAACGCCUCAGAUGUUAAUCACUCGUUGAAUGCUGUUACUAUAAAUGUGGAGCAAAAUGACAUAAUUAGUGAUAAUUCUAUUCCAGCUCCCAAUUUUUCUUCUCAUGGUGAACCGAUAAGCAUGAAUACUGAUGCUCAUCCAAUACAAAGUUUGCAAAAGAACACUAAUGCAAACUGUGAAUUCAAUGAUACAGCAGCUGAGGAUAGAAUACUGAAUGAAAAAAGUGAUAAAGGUAAUUUAAAUCAGCCUCAUGCUGUCCGUCCUUUGGAUAACCAUGUUCAAAUAAAAGCCGAGUUAAGUGAAAGUAAUACUGAAAUCAAUUUUGAAAAAUCUCACAUUAUUGCCAGUCUACACCCAGACAUCACAACUGUUAAUUCUCGUUAUAGAUCUAGACUGGAUAUAGAAACUGAUGAUAACAAAGGAGUCGAUGGCCAAGUUUGUAUUUCCAGCAAUGUUUCAGAUUGUAAUGCAAAAUAUUUGACAAUCGCCUCGAAUGUUGUUAAUCACCUGCUGAAUGCUGUUACUAUAAAAAUGGAGCAAAAUGACAUAAUGAGUGAUAACCCUAUACCAGUUUCCAAUUUUUCUACUCAUGGUGAACCAAAAAGUAUGAAUACUGAUGAUCGUCCAAUACAAAGUUUGCAAAAUAACACUAAUGCAAACUGUGAAUUAAGUGACAUUGUAGUUCCUUGCCUUUCCUCUGUUUGUCGUACUGAAAUUUCAUCUGGCAUCUUCUCUAGAAAGAGUGAACCAGAAAAGAUGGAUUUUCAGGAAAAUUCUGUCAAAAAUGAACUUCAAAAUUACGGAGACAUACAGCAAGAAAGUACUGACUCAAAUAUUGGAACUAAUGCUGAGAACUCAUCUAAAACAUUAUUUACAAAUAUAUCUAAUUGGAUAAGUAUUUCUCCUAUCUCUGGUAAUGAUAUUUUUGGCGAUGGUGAUUCGGAAUAUAAACCGGGAACAUUUGCAACUCCAUUGAUUAAAUACUUGAAUUGUAAUAAAAAAACUGACAUGCUUGAAAUAUAUCACACAAAAACUGCUCUCAACUUAUACAGAUCAGCGACAAGUUUCCACGCACAAGAGAAAUCAGAAUUGUAUUUAUCAGAAAAAUGGGAAGUAUCAUCAAAUUUGCAAAUAAACGAAAAGCCAUCAUUUAAUUUAAACAUUGACGAAAUUACAAAUAAAAUCUCAUCAUUGCUGAAUUUUUUCAAGCCAAAUAUUACUCAUUUGGAUUCAAACUCAGCUUCAUCUCCAUUCUGGAAGUUUGUUGAUGAAAGAGAAAAGCAAAAUUCAUUAAAUAGUGAUGGUUUAUGUGUUGGAAUGCGGCAGAAUAGUUCUCCAAAUUUUCUUUUUGAAUCGUCUUUAAAAGUUAGUGAAUCAUGGCCGGGGAGUGUCUCUAAUUCUCAGAUAGAAGAUUCCCCGAUGGAUAUCCAAAAUUCUGUAAAAGAUAAUUGCCCACCUGCCAUAUGUCUCCCGCCGUUAGAUUACAAUAAAAGAAGUGAAACUUCUAACGGUCUGUCGACAGAGUCAGUGGAAAAUCCGAAUGAAAAAUUGCUCUCCAAAGAUUUUCUUUGCCAGAUACUUAAUAAUGUCAAGACUACUGCAAAUAUUAAUGUCUCGUCGAAUCCACCAAUUGAUCCAAUAGUUAAGUCAAACAUAAAUAUCGAUGAAAGUAUUUUCGAAAAUCUUCGUCAAAUAGAUUUCCUCAAAAUUAAACCAGUUGAAAGCACAGAUAUCAUAUCAGACUUAAAUAAAAAGAAUUACGAGUGCAUUGCAAAGAAUUCAGAAAUGUCUCCACACAACUUUUCAGCACCUAAUGAAAAUAUUAGUAAUCCAUCUACCUCGUACGACGACACUUUUGAAACUCCUCCAAAGAGAGUUAAAAAAUGUAAAGAUACCGCAGCAUUCGAGAAAAACGCUAGAAAAAUAAGUUAUGAGGAGUAUAAGAAGAGAGAUAAAAAUGUAAUAACUCACCCACCAAUUCAUCAACUUAAUUCUUAUUUCCAGUCACACGCAUUGGGAGCUUCACCUAUUUCUUCUAAUUUUGAGCAAAAUAUGCAUACUCCUCUCAAAAAUCGCCAAAAUCAUGACAUUCAUAUUUAUAAUGAUAUAGCUUUGCGGAAUCCCUAUCUUCAAAGAUCGGUUAAUACAAGCCCCAAUGACCCUAGGUUAACUCGAAAUAACUCACCUUUAAAUAGAGACUUAAACUCUGAAAAACAUUUAGAUUCUUUCAAUAAUGGUGAAAUCAGUCCUCAUCACAGUGUUCCUGAAACUGCAAAACUAACCCUUCGUGUUCAUCGGAAACGAGCAAUAUCAGCUUCAGAGACUAAUGCUUCUAAUGAACCAUUUUGUCACUCGGAUUUUAAUCAACCGACUUCCAAAAGAAAUAGAAUUGCUUUACUUCCUACUCCGUCUUUUAGAAGUAAUUUGCUUACUGUGCCUCAACCUCAUCCUGUUAAUUCCGUUUCUGGUGUAAAAAAUUGCCAGCCUCUCUUUUCACUUCCCAAUUUGUCAGCUAACGCUUCAUCAUCUUCUUCUCCACAACAUCAUUUUGUGUCGCAGGGAAUUCAUCCGCAAAUGUCCAGGCAUCCUGAAUCAACCCAUGAUCAGUACUCUUCUGUAAAUGUUAAACGCCAAUUCAUGCCUUAUCCACCUCGUCUAAUCAACAACCCUCCUCUUGUAAUACCUUCUAAUACCGGACCGUGUAAUUCAUUUGCAUCUGAGCGAUCUCCCAAUCAUUCCACAGUAGGAUUCCAUUUUGAAUCUCUGAUUCCAAAACAGAUAAAAGACAAUAUUGGAAAAAAGAUAGUCGACAGAGAUAAUGUAUAUCCCAUCAUCAUUGAGAGGAACACAGAUUGGCUAUAUGGAUUUAAUGUGUUUGGAAAUGUAAGAACUUGUGAAAUGGGCUUUGAACUCCAGCGAGUGCGAUUUAAUUACGUGGAUCAUCUUACGCAUUAUAAUACGUAUUUCCCCCUUCUGUUGGUUGAGUGUUUUAGCAAUAUCUCAACGUGCUUGAAGAAGAGAAAAACGGACACCAAAACCUGCAAGAUCGUAGAUUAUUCGAAAGAUGAUGGACGUUAUGUUAAAAUUUUGUGCGAAAGCUUUAUUCAUUAUUCUGAAGUAGAGACAAUCCCGACUGAGGAUUAUAUAGUUCUUGUAAAAUUCGGCACUUCUCCUGCAGGUGGUAUUAAAAUGCUUGGCUAUGUCCUCUCUUCCUGCACGAGACCAUAUUCGCAGAUCCACGACCACGGCAAUGAACUUUUAAAAUUCUUGAAGGUAGACAAUCUCAAAGAUGUGGUCAAAUUUAAAAUCCUAUUUAGCAUUGUUUUCGAAGUUCCUGGCAUCGACCUAACAAUGCCCAUAGAAAUUACAAGACUGACAAGUAUUAAAAAAGUCCUGAUGAUGAAUGAAGCCCUUGCGAAACUUCCAGAGUCACCACUGUGCAAUAUUGUUCUCAACCCUCGAGGUCAUGUUAUGAAGAGUAUUGCCUUACCUCCCAGUAAGGAGAGAGAUUCCUUCACCACCGUAGCACAAGAGGCUAUCCAAUUCUUAAAACUUUCUUCCCCUCAGUUGAUACUCCUGAAGUGUGCUCCUUUCACGGAUUCUGAAUUAGCUAUAAUCGUGUUUGUGGAGGAGAUCCUAAAAUCUGAGUAUCCUGGUAAGAUACUUGUUUGUGUGCGCAGGGAGAUUUUAAGCGAGAUGGGAAAGAAUCUCCUCAAGUCUACCCGGAACUUGGUUAUCCUCAGCAGGGAGAAAGAGUAUUUUCAGACAAAUAUCCAUAAUAGAGUUCUCGAUGUAAAGAUCUCACAUCUGUCAGAGAACCGAAACAUAACGAAAGAGGAGGCCAAAAACCAGGUGCUUGAGGAAUCGAAAGUUCUACUGGCUGUGACUGGAACGUGUUUCUAUGAGGAUGUGGGGUAUAUUGUAAAAGACCUUACUUGUUGUAUUAUACAUGAUGCAAAUUCUUACACAGAACCAGAAACUUUGCUUCCCUUGUUGUACAAGAUCCGGCAUCUUCUUUUAUUUGGGGAUCUCAAUAAAUCUCCGAUAAACUCAAGAUUUGCCAUGACUUUGGGAUAUAACAAGAGUCUUUUCUAUCGAGCUCACAUGAAUAAAUUUACUUUUUAAUCGUCAUGAACAUUAUAUAAAUUCAUGUUAUCGAUUGCAUAUUUGUAUA